CCUAACCUAUAAUCUCUGCAGGUAGGCCGAUAAGCUUCCUCGCCGCAAAACAUAUCGGGUUCGUUUUGCUUGCCCCGUCGACUCUAGAAAUAACUUCAAUUUUCAAGGGAAUCCCCAAGGAGCCCGUCAUGAACCGGCGUAUGCUUACCAAGGAAGAUGAGGCGGCCGGCGACGAGGUCGAGGUCCGUAGGGAGGACCAGGAUAAGAUCAACAAAUUCAGUCGUCUGCAUCAGCAAGAGCUAAACCUAGAAGAAGAGCUCAAGGCGAAGAAUAAGGAGAAGGAAGAACUCGACGACAUCACUACUGAACUCGAACUAGCAGACGAGGAUGAGACGGUACCAUAUAAAAUUGGCGAUGCGUUCUUCCAUCUGCCGCUACCGCAAGCCCAGGAAAUGCUGGCAUCGUCAACGUCGCGGGUGGAGGGCGAGGUGUCAGCACUCGAAGACAAACUCGGCACGCUUAAAGACGAGAUGACGCAGCUCAAGGUAGAGCUGUACGCACGUUUUGGACGUAGCAUCAACCUCGAGACAUAGCAUCUGGGCACCGGGCCUCAGUAUGGUAUCCCAGGGAUGUCUCCCACUCCCGCGCCGCACAUCCUGUACAAGGCCCUACGUCCGAGAUAAUAGGUACCCACAUAUCUACCGUCCAAAGACUCCGGCAGGUAUCAGCACAGCCUUGCCGUGUCUGUCGACGCAGGUUCCCAAUCGAAUCGAACAAUUUCACAUAAGGGGAAGGACGGUCGAAGUCAGAAGGACACGGGCGAAUAUAGAUGGGUUGGAUAAACCUCACGUUCGGUUUGGUGCUGCGCAAUGCUCCUAUGCAACGUCAGCAAUGACGUACGGUGGACUCUACAGGUGGACGACGUCGUACGGAAUUCUCACGUGUGGCCACAGAACCUGCCUAGGAGAGUGCCUUAUCGUAUUCCCAGCAACGGGGCGUGCUUCCCAGCUCGAAUUCUCUUAUCUCCUGUGCUGCACCCUUUGCGCAAUCUGGUCAGGUACCUUACCUCACCUAGGUUCCUGCCUAGGUACCUACCUACAUCGUAGGUGCAAGCUACAACCGCGAGCCUUAUGUACCUAAGGAUGUACCUUAGACUCUUAACUGCCCCUAAGCCUGUAGGUACAUUCUACGACACCAGCCUUUAUAGGUAUCAAGAGGUUACUUACCUCAGGUGCCUACCCACCAGAUGAGCUAAGUAGCGAAGACUACCAAGUAGCGCU